CUGUCCCAAAGUUUAUCAUUUUCGACCUCGCAACCGAGUCACCGACUGGACAAAAGACAUGGAUAAAGAAGACUCGAAUUCAUGCGAAUCUGUUUCGUCAUCAUAUUCCGAUGAAUAUAUUUCAUCGUCCUCACCAAGGACAAUGCACUUCCGCUUCGGAAGCCGUACCGUCAAGGCAAUCGGCAAACCAUCCGACUCAGAGCACCCCAAUGUCCUGAGGCUUAGUGUCUGUGACUCCAUCCCCCAGCUCGUGAUCCAGACACUUUUCCACUGGCUUCCUUCGCCACUCCGCUCCUGGGCCAAUGCAUCCUUCCCAGAAUGGUUCUUACCAACAAAGAUUGUUUUGAAGAAGCAGAAAGACGGGUGGGAGGAAGAGUUCGACAACGAAAUCGCGGUCUACGAGAGGUUGAAAUGUCUACAAGGGCUCGUGAUCCCAAGAUGCUACGGCCAGGCUCAGUACGAGGGGACUCGUGCUCUGGUCUUGUCGGAUAUCGGAGGGGUAUGUGUCGUAGAGCCUGAGGGCGCGGUCCUGAGCGUGCAAGACAUGCGGCUGCUUUUCGACCAAGCACUACGUGCUCUUGCCAGCCGGGGGAUUACCCAUGACGACCUGAAGCUCGACAAUUUCCAUCUCAUCAACAAUAAUGGCAGGGAUUGGGCCAUUAGGGUUGUAGACCUGGAACGCAUAAACAUCAUACCGCCUGAUUACAAUCCUAUGGAGGAGAUGCAAUAUGACCUUGAUCAUUUGAUGAGGCAGUAUAAAGGCCAUUUCGAGUCCUUACGAGCAGACCGCAAGCCGCCUCCCCGACCUCUAGGGAUCUAGCAUAGCUAUACUUAGUAUACGAAUGAUUCAGGGGCGGUUUAAUGUUCCAUGAUAAGAAAG